CAUUCAUUCAGAGAGUGGUUGUGUGUUGUGCUGGUGUGAAAAGCAAGUUUUUUUUAUUGUGUUUUAUUCACAUAUCUUCCGACUGGUUUUCACAUUUUUAAUGUUGCUUGUAAAUCAGUCGUAAGGAAUUGGUCGAGUUGAGAAAACGUAUUUAAGAUUUCGAAUAAAAGAAAAAAAAAACGAAUUAAAGAAAGAAAGGAGAAGAGACAUUGUGUGUGCUUAUAAAAGAUUUUGUGUAGUGGUUAGAUAUCUUGUGUGGACCGCAGACUAUUUUAUCAGUUCUAUUGACAAUUGAACAAAGUGAUUGAUUUAAUUACGAGAAAGAAAACUUCAAAAAGACAAAAGAGACGAACAAUCUGAAGUUUAAAUUAAAAUAAAUUUUUUCAAAGUUAAAAAAUAUUUAAAAAAAAAGAGUUAACAAUGCCGCGACCAUCAAGAAAAUCAUACGGUGAACAUAAGCCACCGUAUUCCUAUAUCUCGCUAACCGCAAUGGCUAUAUGGAGUUCACCGGAAAAAAUGCUACCGUUGAGUGAAAUUUACAAAUUCAUCACCGAUCGCUUCCCAUACUAUCGGAUAAACACGCAACGUUGGCAAAACUCGCUGAGACACAAUCUCAGCUUCAACGAUUGCUUCAUCAAAAUACCGCGACAUCCCAAUAAAACCGGCAAAGGUGCCUACUGGACGCUUCAUCCGCAAGCAUUCGGUAUGUUCGAGAAUGGCAGUUUUUUGCGUCGGCGAAAACGAUUCCGUUCACUGGCCAACAAAAACUCAUUCAAUUCCAUCAACGACGAACUCACAGCAUUGGCCAAUCACAGUGGCAUCAGUUUCGAUAUGGAUCCAUCCAAUAUGUCAUCAAUUGCAGCACAGUCACUAUCAUCAGCAUCAUCAACAACAUCCUCAUCGUCGUCAUCCUCAUCGCCGAUCAUACCCCAUUUGGAUAUUAACAGUCACACAACCAUUCAUCCGACCACAUGUGUCACAACAACGAAAAAGCCGAAAAGUCUAUUCACCAUCGAAAGUAUCAUCUCGUCGAACAAUGAAUCGAAUCAAGCGAUAAACGAUUGGAGGGGAGAUAUGGCUCAAUUACCAGCUGAUGAAAAUCGCAUGGAAAAUCCAUUACAUUUCUUUCCCUCGUAUUAUCCACACCCCGCAUACAGUAUGAUGAGUCGGAUGGGUUUCCAUUUGCCGAUGCUCGGAUUAUUGCCGAUGGAUCCGCAGGCGUACAUCAAUUCGAUUAAAAUGUGCUCAAUGAUCAGUUAGCUGCAUCGAAAGUAAGCGAAACAAAAAAGAUUUUUUUUAUUUUUUCAUUGUCUAAUUCGUAAAACACCUCACUAUUAAUCACCUUAAAAGACUUUAAUUUGUAAUUAAAAAAAAAAAAGAUUUUAAAGAAAAAGGGAAAAUAUUUUUUUUGUUAGUUUAACCGUACGCUUUGUGAUUCUCAAAAUAUUUUAAAAUUAAAGGUAAAUCUAUUGUAAGCGAAAUUAUAAUAAGUGAUUGUGUUGAUAGUAACUCUUGUAUAUAAAAUUACGCAAUAAUAAAUGACCUAUAUAUUCUCUCCAUUAAGAACAUGCAAUACUGUUGGUCAAACAAUUUAUUUCAAUAUCAUUACACUUUUCGUUCGCGUAUCCACCGACCGACCGACGGUUCGACAUAAGGUGAGAAGAAUAUGAAACCGUGCAUUUUGCAACUGAGAACAGAUGGAACUGUAAAGUAUGGGUUUUCUUUGUAUUUACUUAGCACUGGCUUUUCGGUAUAUCUGCAAUCUGUUUUUUCCUUUGUCCGGAAAAUAACUUAGAUAUCAUUCGGUCGAUAUGAAUGAUGUGCGAAAAAGGGAAGUGGAAAUGUUUCUACUUGUUGAUACAAUAAUUAUUCAGAUGAACCCUUAACAGAAAGGAGAAAAACAUUUUUAGUUUAAUCGUGUCGUUGAUUGCGUAGAAUGCAUUUCAUCUGAAUCAAACUUUUACAAAUAUUCAACCAGCUCAAUACCACAAAAUAGUUCGAAUACGCACGACCAUUUCUCACGAUUAUUUCGCUUAUUGUUUAAAUAAAUAGAAAAACGAAGACUGUUAGGCCCAGAGAAUUAGAUAAUAACAAAAUAAUAAAUUGCGAUUCUUCCACCAAUUUAACAAAUUUAGCUUCGCACUUGUACAGAGACGUAUUUAUAAUCUCUGCAGCACAAAUUGAUUGACUGCGUUCACUUUCGAUCGUGAAUUACGAAGAUGUUUAUGCGGUGAUCGUAAGAGUAAAAUUUUGUGUUGAGUUUUGUGUUCCUAUUUUAGCUUUUCCUUCUCGUGGCUCAAGCUGUCAUUAUUUAAUGGAUAGUUCCUUUUUAUUCCUGGACGAGCUUUAAAGUUCCAAAAUAUUGUGAGAUUUCGUUCUUUGGCACAUUUAACUUGUUAAUCUAUUACUUCGUUAGUGUUGCCAAAUAUUUUGAUAAUAAUUUUGGUCGAAGUUGUAUAGUUUGUGCAUCUUUUCUGUGGUGUUAAAGUUCAUCAACCCUGAUCCUGAACCUUGAGCAAUGUUCGCUAAACUUUCCUUUUUUUUAUAUUUUACUUACCAACGGUGAUCAUUCCAAAUUUUCGCUUGAUUUUUAAAGAUUCGAAAUACCUAGACUUUUACUUAAGUAUCUUCAUAAACGGCUGAUCAUUGCCGUCUUCACACAUAAGACAAAGUACUGUUUCACGAAACAAACGGAUCUUUUCCUUACAUUUUAUUAGAGGACCUUAUCAUAUGUUCAAUAGUUUCCAUUUGAUAAAUUCCAUUGCGUUUUUUUUCUUUCGAUGAGAUUGAUUGAUUACCUAGCUUUUUUUACUCUUAUUCCAUUCUAAAGUGUCAAUCAAUUCAAAAUGGUAAACAAGAGCUAAAUUAUCCUAUUAUCCGUUCAUUUCCAUCAUUGUUAGACACUUUACGCGAAGCAAUAAAAACCAAUUUUUGAAUCGGAAAAUUUCAAAGAAAUAUUCCUUCAAAUUAGUGGUCGGUUUAAAAUUCUGUAGCAAAUUAUGUCUUAAAAUCAUUGUAUUAGAACGGUCAAAGGAAUAAGUUGUUUUUGCUACAUUCGUCUGACAGUGCCGCCCAAUGACACAGAGCUGCGGAAAAAGUAAAGGAAAAACAUUUUUGAUGCAGCUCGUUUUUAAGUAUUUUCGCGAUACCGCAUCUUUUUUUCAUCUGGUGUAUGAAUUUGAAUACUAACAGCUGCAGUGUUUUAGGUUGAAUGGCAAUUAAGGCUCUUAAUUUUCAUGUCAGACAAUUGUGGUCUACGACUUCGUAAUACAUGCGCGAGAGAGACAUUUUAGUUAUUUGAAAUUUUGGCCAGCAGAAUUUAAGAACCUUUAAUUCCGAUCGACCAAUCAAUUUAUAUAUUGGAUUGAACGAAAUGUAUUCAAUAUUACAUUUAGCUGCUCGUGAGAUGGGUGUCAUUGUCAUAACGUUACAUAUCAAUAUUGUGUCGUCAGUUCGUUUUGUUUUCUAUUUCCACGUUUUGUUUGCCGUUGAAAAGAUCGGUCCUCGGUGCUGGAAGUUGUAUUGACAUUUUUUUUAAAUUGUGACUGACUGCAUGUAAUCUCAUUCUUACUACGUUACUAUAAGUGUUGUAAACUGAAUUAAUUUGUUUCUGGGAUAAAAUGGUUAUUUAGUGCUGAAGGUAUAUGAACCUAAUCGAUUAUGACGACAGAAGGCUAAGACCUAAUGAUGAGUGGAUCAGUCGACUUAAUUAAAAAACGACAUUUUUAUGCUACACUCGGUUUGUUCAUCGGAUAACUUCAGAAACUUAGUACUUAAAAAAUAGUAGGUUCGCUGGAAAAUGUCUACUAAAAUGCUCUUUCAAAAUCAAACACAAUAAAUCGUGUAGGAGCAAAACUGCUGUCGUAUGGUAGUCGGAAAUAAAAUGAAGAAAAUCUGGGUCUACGACCUCAAUCUUCAAUUUCAAUCGAGUUUAUUGUUACCCUAAUGACACUUGAGCUGCACUGUAGAGGGCGUAAAUUUCCUAUGGAAAAUCAAAGAUCACGAGCUGUCAUCUCAUUUUUCCAUAUAUUUUUUGCGUAUCUUGAUCAUUGCCAAAAGUGUUACCAGCUUACACCUAAAGUGCUAGAAAGUUUUCUUUUUAUCUCUGAACAAAUUAAUUUAGUUGACUGCAUGUAUUUAUCAAAUAAGAACUUUAUUGUUAACGGCUCUAUCGAUAAAAACAUUAUUUAACAUUGUGCUAGAUAUGCGUAAAAUAUGUGUCAGCUCUGACAGGGAUGUUGAUUUAAUUUUCACUGUCGAAUAUUUUGAUACUCAACGCAAAAGUUUCAAUGAAACAAUCUUUAUUAUAAACUCAGUAAAGGAUCAAUUUACCAAAUUUUUAGAAAAAAAUUGGAUAACGAAAAGAAAACGUUGAGAACCAAAAUAUUUUGCAAUAAAUGAGGAGUCAUGAGUCCUUGGCGAAAGCUGGACAUACUAAGCUAUGCUAAGUUAAUUUAAAUCAAUUGUGUAUACUAAAGUAGAACCUGAACGAUGAAUGAAAUUGGACCUAUUUUUCGGAAAUAACAUUUGAGAUUUUUUACAGUAAUGAUUUCAACGCAGCUCAUUUGUUUUUAUUGACUUGAUAAUGCAAACAUGCAGCAUUGCGUAGUAUAUCAGUCAUGCAACAAUACAUGUAUUUAUAUAUAUAAAACAAACAAAUCGAUCGAUUGUGUAGAAGCAUUUUAUCAUUUUCAAAAAGAUCUUCGACCGCUGUAAUGCUUCGGUUCAUGUUUAAUGCAAUAAACCUAAUUCUAAGAUUGUUUCUAUUUUAAAAUGAUUUUUUUUAAAUUAUCUAAUUAC